AUGGCUGAAUUACAUGAAGCACAAAAAUUAUUAGGAAAAGCUAUGAAUACAGAUAUUGAAUCUGAUUAUAAUCCAGAACAAGAAAAUAAAAUGAAAACAAAAACCACCACAAUUGUUAAACAACAAUCAAAAAAACCAACAAUUACAAGCUUAUCAGAUAUUCCGUUUGGAGGUUUGGAAGAACCCAAUGUAGAACAACCAGUUGAAGAAAAAACAUUUGAAACAAUAAUGAUGUGUAAAAAUCCAAAUGAUGGAAAUGAUGUUGAUUUAUUAUCAAUACCUGGUGUUAAACAAAAGAUGAAUUUAUAUGUAACAUCAUUAAUUGAUAUUAUUUUUACACGUGAAGAAUUAUUGCAACUUGAUGCAACAAAAAUCAAAUUUAAUGAUGAAGCUGUACGAAAUAAAUUUCGAUUAUCAGAUGAUAUUUUUCAAAUUGAAUGGUGUAAUUUACAUGAAAUAUUUUUAAACAAACGUCGGAAUAUUAAAAAGGGUUUAAAAAAACAACAAACUACAGUUCAAACGAAUCCAUCAACACAUACCUAA